GUCCUUGAGCAACAAAGUAAGGCCUCUGGUUUUCGCGCAUAAACGUUGCGGCGGCGAGCGAGAGCAAAAUUGGAGCCCGCAAGCCCGACAUGGAACAAACGAUCGAUAUAAGCUUUUUGGGAGAGAAAGACCCUUGCGCGUGCCGGGUGGUCCAGCCUUCGGAUGGCAGUGCGGCGCCAUCGCUGCCGGCGGGGCCGCUCACGGUGAAGUCCAGCUGGAGCACCAAGCCCGUGGCACCUCUGGUUGUCCUGCAUCUCGCAAACAAUGGCAAGGAGCCACAGCUGCGAGUGCUACCGCCCGCAUCGGACGAGGCACCCGCCGGGGCCGGGGCGGGUGCAAGCGGGAAGGGCGGCAAGCGGAAAACUGCGGCUCAGAGGCGGCCUCAGGAGUUGUACAAGGAGCAGCACACCGCCUGUUGCGAGUCCCGAUCAGCGCUGCUCGUGCCCACACGAUUGGAAACCCCCGCCGCCACUCCUGCCGCCAAUGGAGCCGACGGUGACGCGGACGGCGCGGAGGGCGGGGAGGGCACGCCGGGGAAAGGCCGGCGCGGCGCUAACCGGCGGCGCAAGUCCGCCGCCGGCGACGGCGCCACGCCAGUCGAGCUGUUCCUGGCCCCGCUGGUUCUGCCCAGCACCGAUGCAGCGCCCGCCGCCGCCGCCGCGGCCGCUGCUGAGGCUGCUGCUGCUGCAGCUGCUGAGGCAGCGGGCGGCAAGGCGGGCAAAGCCGGAAAGAAGGCUAGAGCCGCCGCGGCCGCGGCAACAGCCGCGGCAUCGGCAGCUGCACCGGAUGCUGCGGUGGCGGCGGAGCGGCUGGCGAUGUGGGGCUACGCGUUGGCUCCGGGCGCGGCGGCGGCGGCACACCGGGCGCUAGCGGAGCGGCGGCUGGCGGUGGUUGCCAGCCUGGAUAAUGACGGGCCGCUGGUGGUGACGCACGACCUCAACACACUGGGGCGGGAGCUGGAGGCGGCCGCCAAGGCCAGGGCGCAGCGCGAGCGUGAACUUGCUGAAGCGAGCGCAGCCGCCGCCGCAGCCGCCGCCGACGGGGGUGCCGCCGCGGGCGCUGCGGUCUUGCCCGCGGCUGGCACUCCACGCGGCGCCAAGCGACAGAAGGUAGAUCCCGUGGCGGCGCGGCGGGCGGCGCUGGUGGCGGCGGUGGCGGCGGCGGAGGCGCGCGAGCGGCGACUGGCGGCGGAGGUGGAGCUGCUUCGUUCGUACGUGGCGGGCGACAAAGUGAUGUCGUACGGCGGCAAGAAGUACAAGGCCAGGAAGGAGAAGGGCCUGCGUGCGGACGGCUCGGCUGCCAAGCGGCGGGUGGUGCGCAUCCCCAUCCCGCUUCCCUCCGGCGCGGCGACUGGAGAGGGGAGGGCGGAGGCGGACGAAGAGGCGGGCGGCCUGCUGGCCCUGACGCAGGAGGACCCGGACGCCGACGGCGAGACCGGCGCGCUGCUGGUGCGUGUGCGGCCGCACUGGGCGGCGCUAAGAGACACGCUGGCGGGCCGGCCGCGGCGGCAGCUCGAGCCGGAGGCGGUGGCGGCGGCGGCCGCGCGCGCCAGGGCAGCGGAGGCCAAGGCGGCGGCGGCGGCGGCAGCGGCAGCUAACGGGGCGGCGGAGGGUGGCGCAGAAGGCGAGGAGACGCCGGGCGGCGGCGGCGGCCGGAGGAAGGCCGGGCGCAAGCGGGGCAAGCCUGAACCCGAGCCGGAGGCCGAGGCAGACGAGCUGCAGCAGCCUGGCAGUGGAGGUAGAGAGCAGGGAGCUGCUGGGGGCGGCGAGGGGGGCGGCGAGGGGGCCGGCGAGGGGGGCGGCGAGGAGCCGCAGGAGCGGGCGUUUGACUUCGUGCCCUGGAUCAGCGUCAAGCGCAGCAUGGACUGGGCGCUGGCCGUGUGGCAGAUCCUGGAUCCUGGAUUCGAGGUGAUCCCCCGCGACCGGAUCCUGACCCGCCUCCAUGGGGCCCGGGCGGCGGAGGGCGGCGGCGCCGGCACCGGCCGCCGCGGCCUGCCGCGCCUUGGGCCGCUGUCGCCCGCGCAACAGCAACAACGAGUUCUUUCGCAGCAACAGCAAAAGCGGAAGCAGGAAGCAGACGGGGAUGCGGAGAUGGCGGAGGCGGGCGGCGACGCUCGGCAAGGGGAGGCGGAGGCGGAGGGGGAUGGGGAGGCGGGGUACGGCGUGUGUGGUACGCCGCCGGCCGCUCUGACCGUCAUUCUGUCGGAGCACAAGCCGUACUGGGAGUUUAGCCUGCGGCCGUGCGUCAUGCAGCUGGUGCCUUGGCGCGGCGACGACGACGACGGCUCCGGCGCCGCCACCACCACCCCGGCGGGUAGCGGCAGCCCCAGGUCGCCGCUGCAUGAGGACGCAGAGCUUCGCCGCACCGCCACCGCCCUGGCCCACCUGCAUGACGAGAUCUUCGGCGCGGUGGAGUGGCGGGUGCUGCAACGGCGAGCCAAGCGGCUGCUGUCCGCGGCCACAACCCGGGUGCCGCAGGGGGCGGGGGGCGAGGAGGAGGGCGCAGCGAAGGCGGGGGCGGGGGCGGGGGCAGAGGAGGACCGGCCGGACCCGACCUCGGCGGCCGGGCUGCUCGUGCCGCUGCCUAGCGUGGCGGCAGCGCUGCAGGCUCGCGGGCACAUGGCGCUGGUGCGGCCGCCCCUCCCGGCCCGCGUGCCGCCCGCCCCCGCCGCCGGCACUUCGCCUGCGGCAGUUGCUGGUGCCGCCAGCCCCGCCGCCGCCGGUGGCGGCGCCAGGGCCGCACCCGCCGCCGCCGCCGGCGCAGGCCUGACAGGGCUCGGUGUUGGCGGCGCCGCCGCCGCAUCGUCUGCAGGCCUGUCGGCGGCGGCGACGGCCGCCGCCGCCGCCGCCGCCCGCAUUGCCGCCGCCAGCAGCGGCGCGGCGGCGUACGACAGCGCCGCCGCCGCCGCGGCCGCCGCCGCCGUGCUGACGCCGGCGCAGCGGCAGCAGCAGCAGCUGGCGACGGCGGCGCAGGCCAUCCUGACGCCGGCGACGGUUGGGGCGAUGAGUAAGCUGCUGCCGGCCGUACUGCCGCUCGUACAGACGCCGUACGGUCUGACUGUACGGCUUGCUAAGACCGUCAGCGAGGAGGUGCUCCCCGCCAUACGCACGCUGCUGGGGUUCGUGCUGCCGCACAUCGCGACCAACGCCCUGGCGUUGGUGCCCGGCAUGACCCCCGCGCUGGCCACAGAGCUGCAGGCGGCCCUCUCCUCCAUCUUCAUACUGCUAGACGAGGCAGACCGCUUCACCAUCACAGCCAACAAGGCGGCCCUGGCGGGCGCCGCCGCCGGCGUGGCGGCGGCGGCAGCUGCCGCCGCCAGUGCCAAGACCGGCGCUGGCGGCGCCGCCGCCGCCGGCGCUGCGGAAGGCCGCAGCGGCAAGGGCGCGGCGGCCAAGGGGUCGGAUGUCAAGGCGGGAGCCGCCAGCGGCUCCGCCGGGAACGGGGCCGGAGGCGCGGGUGGGAGUGGGAGCGGGAGCGGGAGUGCGAGUGGGAUUGCGGGCGUGGGCUCAGGCUCGCCCGCGGCUCCGGAGCUGCGGCACCAGUUUGAGGCGCUGACGGCGAAGGGCCGGGCGCUGGGCGUGUCAGCACGCAAGACGGUGGAGCGGUACGGGUUGGUGGUCGCCACAAAGGGAGCCCGGCCCCAGGCGGCGGCGGCUGCAGGAGCGGCCGCUGCUGCACAUGGCGCGGCGCCCAAACCGCCGGCCGGCACUUCCGCCGGCACUGCUGCGGCCGCUGCCGGCAAGCAGGCGGCCGCCAUGGCGCCCGCGGGCGCCGCUACUGCCAAGCCGGCUGGCCAGCUGCAGGCACAGCCGCAGGCGCCAGCGCCUGUUGCGGCGCCGGCUGCGGCCGCAGCAGCACCCAAGGGGGCUGCCAAGGCUGGAGCCAAAACUGUAGCUGCCGCACCGGCUCCUGUGUCUGGGCAGGGUGCUACCGCUGCUGCUGCGGCUCCUACCGCUGCCGCGGCCAAGACUGCAAGCAGUGACAGUAGCAGUAGCAGCGAAGACACCAGCAACAGUAGCAGCAGCGGCGGCGACACAAGCAGUAGCAGCAGCAGUGGCGAUAGCAGCAGUAGCAGCGACAAGAGCAGUAGCAGCGACGGUGGUUCGGACGCAGCUGCGGGCGAUGCCGCGGCUACGGCCACGGCCGCCGCUCCUGCUACAGCCGCUCCUGCUGCAGAACAUAAUGCCGACGCGCAAGGCAAGGAGGCUUCGGGCGAGACCGGCGGCACUUCAUCUUCGUCCUCGGACGAUAGCAGUAGCAGUGGCGACAGCAGUAGCAGCAGCGAUGAGGAGGAGAGGGAGGCAGGGGACUUGGAUGGGGACAAGGCCGAUGCAAUGCAGGUGGACGUCGCGCCGCCACCGGCCGGUGCUCCAGCUGCAGCGGCUGAGGACGCCGGUGCCGAAGCGGCCGGGAAGGGGUCCCCCUCAUCUACCACCAGCAGUAGCAGCAGUAGUGACGGCAGUAGCAGCAGCGGCGACAGUGAUGACAGCGACACCUCUUCCUCCUCCACGUCAGCGUCUUCUGCCUCGGGGGAUGACGACGAAGAGGAGGGCGAUCAGGCGGGAAGUGCAGGGCCUGGAGGCGGCAGUGGCGGCGGCGCUGGCGGGGCCAGCAAGCAAGCCGCCGCCGCGCCGCCCACCUCCGACUCAUCGUCUUCGUCUUCAUCCUCUGAUGACGAUGACAGCAGUAGCAGUGAGGACGAGAGCGACACGAGCGGAAGCCAAGCUCCUGACCCGGCCCCUGGUCGAGAGGCUGUGCGGGCGGUGGCGGAGGAUGAUGAUAAUGUGGUUGAGGCGGCGGCGGUGGGCCCCUCGGGAGGCGGACCGACCGCAGCGGGGCAAGGUGCUGUGGCGGCGGCGGCGGCGGCUCAUGCUGCAGCGGUGGCAGACGCGACUGACGUCGCCGCCGCGGCCGCCGCCGUGGCAGAGGCGGCGGCUGUGGCGGCGGCGGCGGGGCAGCUGGUGGGCCAGGAGGCGCAGGAGGGGGCGCAGGAGGGGGCGCAGGAGCGCCAGGAAAGGAGCAGGAGCAGUGGCACGAGCAGUGCUGGCUCUGACAGCAGCAGUGAGAGCAGCGAGAGCAGCGGAAGCAGCGAGAGAAGCGAGAGCGGCGGCAAGAGCGGGGAAGAGGAAGACAGCAGCAAUAGCAGUAGCAGCAGCAGUAGCAGUGAGGAGAGCUCGAGUGAGGAGAGCUCGAGUGAGAGCAAACAGUCCUCUCACCGCGGGUUCGGCUCGCCCAUUCCCUUCCCCGACCUUCUCGAUCGGACGCCGCUCCCUGCCGGGGCCCCUUCCGGGUCUGCCGCCACCGCAGCAGCAGCAGCAGGCGCAGCAGCAGCGCCGCAGCGGGCCGGUGUUGCGGCCCCUGGCGUCGUGCCGGACAGGGCGGGGGCAGCUGUAGCGGGUGCUGGGCAUAGUGGCGUCGAGGAGCUGCAGGAGGAGGAGGAGGAGGAGGAGGAGGACGAGGCACGGAAAGCAGAGGAGGCGGAGGCGGAGGAGGGGGAGAGCAGCAGCAGCAGCAGCAGCAGCAGCGCUGAUGACAGCGAUGGCACAUCCAGCGGAACCACAAGCACUAGCAGCAGCGGCAGCGGUGGUGGCAACGGCAGUAGCAGCAGCGGCGGGACUACCCGCGGGAGCGGCAGUAAGGAAGAGGGGAGCCAGGAGGAGGCAGAGGAGGAGGCGGCGGAGGAGGAGGAGGAGGCGAGCGGGAGCGAGCAGCCAUCUGCCUCCAGCGGCGCCGCCGCCACGAGCAGCAGUGGCAGCGGCGGGCACGGGAGCGGAAGCGUCUCCGAUGCCAGCGCGGACGUCCGUGCUGAAGAGCUUGUGGCGGCGGCGCAUGCUGCAGGGCCGCUGCCUCCGGCUGCCUACGUGACGCCGGCGCCGACGGUCGCGGGGGUACGGACGGCACGCAAGGGCCGCGCGGCAGCUGCAGAUGUAGCAGCGGUCGUGACUGGUGAGGCAGCCGAGCCUUCGCCGUCCACUGGGCUGCAGCAGACCUCCAGCCGCGACGGCAAUAGCAGCAGUAGCAGCGGCGGUUCGCGCAGCAGUGGUAGCAGCAGCAGUAGUAGCAGCAGCGACGAUGACGAUGACGAGGAGGACGGGGACGAAGAUGGGGAGGCGUCAUCGUCGGCAGCGGGCGACACAAUGGAAGCCAGCUCCGACGCUGACGGCGCCGAUGGCGAUGCCGACGGCAGCGCCGGCGCCGAUGCAGAUGGCGACGGCGGAGGGGCGGGUCAGGUCGGCGGGAGUGAUGAGCAGGAGCAGGAUGGCCGCAACGGCGGCGGUGCGCCAUCGCCUGCACCCUCGGGCUCAACGGCCGCACCCUCCGCAUCCGCCGCAAGCUCUAAACCGGCGCCGUCAUCGUCGUUGCCGUCACCUUCUGAAGAGGAGGACAGCAGCAAAGACAGCGGCAGUAGUGACCCCAGCAGCAGUAGCGCCACGAGUAGCGGCGGUAGCGGAGGCAGCGGCAGUGGCUCGGCUGCUCGAGCCGGCGCGGCCCUGGCUGGCGGCCCUGCUACUGCCGCCCAGGCGUACAUUGCGGCUGUAGCAGGACUGCAUGGCAGUGAGGACCUCACGCAGCCGCCCUCGCAGCAGCAGCUGAUGCUACUGCCUCCGCCUCUGGAGCUUGCGGGGGCUGGGAUUGACGCGGUGCCCUCCCGGUCCUCCUCUCCAAGCGGUGACAGCAGCAGUAGCAGCAGUAGCAGCAGCGAUAGUAGUAGCGGACACAGCAGUAGCAGCGACAGCGACAGCCAGGGGCGGUCCUCGCCGCCCGCUGACAGCGAUGGUGAGGCCGCCGCUAGCAAAGGCGCUGCUGCGGACGUGGAAGCGGACGUGCGUGACGCGGCCGAGGGCGAUGCAGGGAAUCCGCAGCAGGCGUGCGGGAAUGGCGCCGCCGCAGCGGGCGCCAGCGCCACCGUCGAUGCGGGUGCUGCUGUGGCGACCCCCACCACACGCCGUGGGCGACAGAAGCCUGCGCCCGCAGCAGGCGGCCGUGCGUCCUCGCCGUGGCUUGCGUUGUCGCUUGCUGCGCUGUCGGCAGACCAGCAGGGCCAGCCGGGUCAGCCGAGUCAGCAGGGCGCGGGUGGCGGCGCCGCCGGAGGCGCGGCAGUGGGCAGCCCCACCGGCGCUGCUACUACAGGAGGCGAGGCAGCGCUGGCAGGCGACGCGGAGGCGGAGGCGGAGGCGGAGGCGGAGGCGGAGGCGGAGGCGGAGGCUGGGGUGGAGCAAGGGGACAAGGGCGGAACCGCCGCUGCCGCCGGCCCGUUCCUGCCGUUCCUACUGCCGGCGACUGCCGCCGCCUCGACAUCUGGUUGCACCGGCGCCACCGGUGAGGGCAGCAUGUGCUUCAGCAUACUGGCGGAGGUGCGAGCAGCUGCCGCCGCCGCGGUCGCCGCCGACGCUGCCACCACGGCUGCCGCCGACACUGCCGCGGCGGCCCCGGCUACUGGCGACACGGAUACUGCUUCUGCCAACGCUGCGGCAGGCAAUUGCGUGUCCGGCGGGGCCGCGGCGGGCGAUGAGGGCGCGGCGCUGCAGCAGGCGCCCGGCGGAAGUGCGCCCAGCCAACAGAUAGACUCCGGUGAAGGCAGUAGCAGCAGCUCAGGCAGCAGCAGCAACUCCGGCAGUAGCAGCGACUCCGGCAGUAGCAGCGACUCUGGCAGCAGCAGUGGUGGCACAGGCAGCAGCGGCGAGGGCGAUGGGGAGCAGGAGAAAUCUCAGGUUGCAGACCCCGACGCAUCAUCAUCAUCAUCAUCAUCAUCAUCAGCAGCAGCAGCAGCAGCAGCAGCAGCAGCAGCAGCAGCAGCAGCAGCAGCAUCUGCUGCAGCGGGGCGUGAGGCUUCGGGUGCCGACGCGUCAUCGGAUCUAGGCGCGGGUACGCGCGGCACAGGUCGCGGCGGCGCUGCUCCUGCUGCUGCUGCCUUGCCGGAGGUGGGUGGCGCCCAAUUUGUGGGGCCGUCGCCGUUGCCACUCGCGCCAUCCCCAGCUGACUCAUACUUACCGGGCCUGGCCAGCCGCCUGCGCAUGCGCACCGCCGCCGCAACCGCCCCCGCAACUGCCGCCGCAACCGCCGCAGCAGCCGCACCUGCAGCGGCCACUGCUGAUGGCGGUGGCGAUGGCGGCGGCGCUGCCACCAGGCCUAUCGGGAGGUCGCUGUUCUCCGGGCUUCGGAAACGGAGCGCUGCCGCUGGGGCGGCUGUGGAGGCGGCUCCUGCCAGUGCUACUGCCGCUGGGGCGGCUGUGGAGGCGGCUCCUGCCAGUGCUACUGCCGCUGCCGCCGUCGGGGGUGCUGCCGCCAAGCGCGCUCGCACUACUGCCGCUGCGGAUGGCGAUGGCGGCAGAAAGCGGAAAGCACUUGCCGCGCUGGAUACAGUGGUAGAAGAAGAGGUAGAGCUGCUGUCGGGUGGAAGCGGUGGCGCAGGCGCCGGCAGGGGCAGCGGCAGCACCAGCGAAAGCGGCGAGCCCGCGGCCAGUACACUCACAAGCGGCGGCAGCGAGAGGGCGAGCGCCAGCGGUAGCAGCGGCAGUAGCAGCGCAACAGCAAGUGACAGCGGGAGCGAUGACGAGGCAGGCGUGGAUGCUGGGCGGGGGCAGCGGGGGCGAGGGCGCAGCCAAGGCCGAGGCAGGGGGCGCGGCCGCGGGCGCGGCCGCGGCGCGAAGAGCGCCACAGACGCCGGCGUGCAAGCAGCGCAGGAGGAGCAUGGUGUUGCAGGCGUCCGCACCUCGCGCGGCGCAAGCCGGGGUAGAGGCCGGGCAGGCGGGGGAGGUGGGCGUGGCGGAGCAGGCGAGGCCACUGCGGCGGCCAAGGCAAACGCGCAGCCAGAGGCAAGGCCUGUGAUCGAGGAGGUGGAUGGAGCGGGAGGCGCAGCCGCCAGCCGGGAUCGGGUGCGGGGCCGGGGCCGGGGCCGGGGCCGCCGGCGUGGGGCGUGAAGAGAACUGGAUUUGCGAUGUUGCGAUGUGAUCAUUGUGCUUUCAGCUGACGGUGUCCAUGUUUUGAAGCGGUCCUCCGGUCAGACAACUAGCUAGGCAACCAGACACUCAGGGAAGGAAUGUAGGGUAGCGCGGGGUAAGCGUGUGUGCAUAACGCCAAAAUGCAGGAUGCUUGGUUCUUGUCAGGUGAUGGCCCCUAGUUGCUACAGGCAUGCUACGCCCGUUGCUUGAGAACGGGUAUGAGCUCGGGAUAUCUCUUGUAUCGGAUAUGCGAUGCGGAUGGGCAGUUUGAUGAGUACAUGAGGAUCUCGAGAGUGCACAGUACACGUGUGAUGCCUUAAGAGUCGC